CUCACCGUAUCCAUCACACUACCUAGAUCGACCUCGAUGUAUGCCAUCUGUCCAACCCUCCAAUCCACAUUACAUCACUGUCCACACGAGUCUCCAUCGUGUCGAGUUGGCAUUAUUGGCAUUGUUACAUCAAAUAACCCUCCUGUCUGGACUUCUUUUGCUCAGCAAAUCAACUCAAUGAAGAAUGAAGUCAAUUUGUCGUCCCACAUCGGGUAAACCCUGGCUGACGCCUGGUAUCAAUGACCGAGUAUCCGUAACUUGAAUCGACCUCAUCUCCAUCCAUCCACUCCGUAGAUAGUUAAUUUGCCCAAGCCCACAGGUGUCAAUGCUUGAUU